AUGUCGAAGCCUGUCCUCCCCCAGAAUGACAACGUCGCCCACGCCCUCGCCGGCGCUGGCGGUGGUCUCCUGUCCAUGGCUCUGACCUACCCCCUCAUUACUCUUUCGACCCGUGCCCAGGUCGAGUCCAAACGCGCCGAGUCUCGCUUCAUCGACGCCGUUCAGAACAUCAUCGCUCGCGAGGGUGUUUCCGGCCUCUACUCCGGCCUCAACUCGGCCCUCUUCGGCAUCAGUGUCACCAACUUUGUCUACUACUACUGGUACGAAUGGACCCGCGCCUUCUUCGAGAAGGCCGCCGCGUCCCGCCCCGGCCGCGUCGCCGGCAAGCUCACGACCGUCGAGUCCAUGCUCGCUGGCGCCCUCGCCGGCAGCGCCACCGUCAUCAUCACGAACCCCAUCUGGGUCGUCAACACGCGCGUCACCACCCGCGGUCGCGCCCAGGAGGAGAAGGUCAAGGAGGGCGACGAGGAGGCCCAGAUUGAGAAGAAGAAGAAGGCCAAGACCCCCAGCACCCUCGGCGUGCUCCUGGCCCUCCUCAAGCACGAGGGACCCCAGGCCCUGUUCGCGGGCGUCAUCCCCGCGCUGGUCCUCGUCAUCAACCCCAUCCUUCAGUAUACGCUCUUUGAGCAGAUGAAGAACUCGGUGGAGAAGAAGAGGCGCGUGACCCCCACUAUUGCCUUCUUCCUCGGCGCCCUGGGCAAGCUCUUUGCCACAUCCGUGACGUACCCCUAUAUCACGGUCAAGAGCCAGAUGCACGUUGCCGCCCACGGCGAGAAGAAGGAGGGCGUCUUCCAGGCGAUCAACCGUGUCGUCAAGGAGGAGGGAUACAAGGGUCUCUACAAGGGCAUCGGCCCCAAGGUGACCCAGAGCGUCCUGACGGCUGCUCUUCUCUUCGCCUUCAAGGACGUGCUCUACGAGCAGACUGUCAAGCUUCGCCUUGCCGCUGCCAAGAAGCGCGCUUGA